AUGAGCUGUCUGCGGGCUACGGCAUCCGAGUUCAAUGUUGGAACUGCUUCCACCACACAGGCUCGUGCCGGUCGAACUUCACCUCCUUUCACAAGGAACAAGCUCUCCUCUCCGCUGAGUGUUGCCGCCGGUGACUUCAUUCCUGGUGUUGGAUGCAAGCAGUCGAACGAAAUCCAAAGCGACACGACCCAGAGUUCUGAUCAAUUCAGAAUGGCUGAGACAAUAUCAAGGGAGGAGCAUCUAAACGGGGUAUUCUUUCACCCACCAAAUGUUCUUUUGAAAAAGCUUGGUACCAGGCCAGAAUCAUUGGAUGCUUCUGCAGCAUGCUUCACCCCAAAAUCUCACAACAAAGAUGCAGAAACUGUCUCUUCAGAAGGAAUCUCGACAGCCAAGCCGAUUUGUCGCUUUUUCCAACAAGGAUCUUGUCGCCGUGGCCUACAAUGCAAUUUCUCGCAUGAUAUUAAUGCUCUUCCUUCAACAAAUGAUGCCAGUCAACACAACAGCCGACACCAACAGGACACCACAAUUACGCAACCUCAAGUAGACAAUAAGGGCACCUCGUUGCUGACGGUGGACAAUGGCAUUCGGUGUCACUUCGGUCGCGGUUUGGAGGUACUGAACCUGGAGCUGGGAUCCAUGGAAAACAACUCCACACAGAAGGACAGCAAACGAAUUCUAGUCAGUGGAUUGAGCGAAUCCACCUCUGACUAUGAUCUAGAAGGCAGGUUGUCAGUGUUUGGGACAAUCCUCUUCAUCCAGCGCAAAAAGCCUUCUUACGCCUUCUGUACGUAUGAGAGCAACCAAGAAGCCUCAGCUGCCAUUGAGUCCCUAAAUGGAACUCCGCUGACAACCUGGACCGGACUGUCUACAAAACCAAGCGGGAAAAGUCACCAAAAGGACAAGAAGAAGAAGAGAGAUUCUACUGGUUUUGUGUCGGUGUCGAUUGUUCGAGAGGGCGGUCAAGGGAACAAUCCGACACGUCAUGCAACAGUUAGGCUACAGUGGUACGCUCCUUCUCGGGUAGCGUGGCUGCAUUUCCAUAAUCGGUGUCAGGCGGAUAAGGUAGCCAAAACGUGCAACGGCCAACUAUGCGAAAAGCGGAAAGUGUCUGCAAAGAUGCAACAACCAAAGUUCAACCAAACGAGGUCAUUCUCUGUUUGGGUGGGGGGUUUGGGCGAAGGAGUCCACACAACAAAACUGUCUCAAUUUGUGAAGAAGCAUUCUGGGGCAUGGCCAGCUUCGAUCGAUCUCGAGGCUCCUUCCUAUCGAGACAAGGACGGUGCACAACUCAUGCGCUCACUGCUCAUUGAACAAGGAGGCCCCCUUACACAGUUUGACGAGGACGAAGGCAAUAACCGUUUCGCAUCGAACUUGAAGCGCAAAGCAUUGGCAAAGUUUGCGAAGGCCGAAGAUGCUUCUCGUGCUUGCGAGUUCUUCCAGCAGACGUCUCGUGUGGCGGGACUUGGUGGGACGAAGGUUCAUUGUCAGAUGAUCUUCUCAGCCAAAUUCACCAUGCCCACAUCACAUUUCAAAAUAGUUCAGGGUUCGCUGGUGGACCUCUGCCAAAAGGAAGACUUGCGACACAAGGUGUUUUACAAUGCCAAUGGCACGUCGUCUCUUCUGGUUCAGGCGGACGACGCCAAACAGCUUGCCCGCGCCAAGAUUCCACUCACAGACACUGUGGGUGGGAUGCUGUUGCUGGAUCCUGAAUGCAAAGGGGGGCAGAAGGUGCCUAUGUGGAAGGACUGCUUCAGAUCCAGGGAAACCGAAAUGAGUGUAACGCAAAAGAUUGUCCAGCGCUUUGGUCAUCUUUGUGUUGCAGUGCUCAUUCAGAGACGACGCCGCGAAGUACGCCUCUACGUCAAGCCACAUCUGAAACAGCAAGCCGUGGACUUUGUGACCUCGCUGCUAUGCACCUUGAAGGGGCCCCUUCAAGCUGUCCCUAUUGGACCAGAGCGCUACAAAUUUUUGUUGGUUGGCGGGAGGGAAACCAUGGAUACUUUGAUUGCAGCUUGUCAUGGGAUUGUGGUUUCGCUGGACGUUAAGAAUCAAUCAUUGCUCGUCGAAGGAAGUCGUAGUGAUGCAAGACGUGCGGUUUCCUGCCUCAAGAGAAUGAUGGAAAUAAAGGAAACAUCAGGUCGACAAGAAGACCAAGAUGGCCAUCCAUGCCCGGUGUGCUUCUGCGUCCCUGAAGAUAGUGAAGAGUCCCCAAUCGUCGAGUUGUCCUGCUGCCAUCGCUACUGUGGGGAUUGCUUUCUUGCUUGGGUUUGUGGUGGGACGCAAACGUGUACAUUCCCCAUUUGCUGUCUGGCGGAUGGUUGCGACAAAGGAGGGGUGGAACUGGACGUUCUGGAGAGAAUCUUGCCGCGCCAAGACUUUCUGGGUCUCUUGCGGUCCGCAGUGGACAAGCACGUAGUUUCCCAUCCGACAGAGUUUCAAUUCUGCCUGUCUCCUGGGUGCAGCGGCGUCUACAUGUAUACCACAGGAUCGUCACGGACGUCGUCCUGUUCGACCUGUCAAAUGGUUGUAUGUUGUCCGUGCCAGGCACAAGAUCACGAAGGACUGACAUGCGAACAAUCCAAGCUUGCCAAACUCCCACCUGACCGGCUUCGAAACCACAUCGUUGAGGAGAUCUUGACAUUGAAGUGUCCCCGUUGUAAGCAAGCGUUCCUAGACUUUGAAGGGUGCUUUGCCUUGACGUGCAGCAGCUGUCGUUGUGCCUUUUGUGGCUGGUGUCUUCAGGACUGCGGGAAAGACGCACAUGCACACGUGAAAACUUGCACGGCAAAAUUGAACCGGGAAACAUAUUUUGGGACCAUUCAAGAAUUUCAACAAGCACAACGAAAGAGGCGCCGCCAAGACCUCAAGAAUUUCCUAAAAUCACUGAGCGAGAACGAGAAGCAAGCUGCUUUGAAGGCCAUUGAGCAAGACUUGAAGGACCUUAAGCUCCAACCACUGUAG